AUGGAGCGCGCAAUGCGAGGUUACAUUAGCGCGGGUUGGACCAAGUACUUCGGAGAGGACCGAUCCGAUGGGACCAGGACGCCGACUCGCCCAACCAACGAGGAGCAGGACCAUAUUGAUGCACACCCGACCACGAAAUUGACACGGAACGAACAGGCUGGGCAGAUCCUGGAUCCGGGACCAGGACAGGGCCUUCAGUGCGGUGCCAGUGGUGGCCGUCCGAGAAUCUGUGGACCACUAAUGGGCGCUGUGUACCAACCCGCGUAG